AUGCAGGAACUGCUUCAAGACUACUCACUUCAAGAAGAGAAACUAGAGGGACAAGGUGGUGAUGGAGGAGCUUCUUGGGACGAUGGAGCUUUCCGAAAUGUGAAGAAGAUAUACAUAGGACAAGGCGAGAGUUGUAUCGUCUCUGUUAAGUUUGAGUAUGAGAACAACGCUGGUGAGGUGAUUGUGGGAGAAGAACAUGGAAAGCAAAUGUUGCUUGCGUACGAGGUGUUCGAGCUGGAUUAUCCGAGUGAGUACAUAACAUCGGUGGAAGCUUGUCACGAUAAGAUUAUGGGAGUUGAAACUGCAGUUAUAACCAUGCUUAAGUUUAAGACAAACAAACGCACCUCUCCACCCUUUGGACUCGAAACUGCUUUCAGCUUCGUCCUCCAGAAGGAAGGUCACAAGAUCACUGGUUUCCAUGGAAAAUCCAGUACUAGUACUAUGCUUCAUCAGAUUGGGGUCCAUGUCUCUCCCAUCACCGAGUGA